AUGGGGGCCGAAGCAUCCCCCCGCCCCUUCGCCGCUUGCCUGCCCGCCGUACCCCGCUUAGCAACAGUGAAAACCAACUGGCUCCGUAAUCCGCCAUUCCUCAUAAUGUUGCAUCAGCGUUGGAUCUCGCUAUGCAUCUCUCCGUGUCUACUGGAUUUUCUCUACGGCUUAAGCUGUUUCAUGUUAGUUAUUGGUGGUAGUAAUUGCUUUCUUGUGUUGUCUCAAUUGGUAAACAUGUUUAAAGCAGUAACCUCUGUUAAC